AUGAUCUCUACUCAGUAUUGGCGAAAUAUCUUGUCAAGGAUUACAGAUGAUGAACAUAAAAAUGAUUUGGAUUUAGAUGCAUUACUGAUGAAUAAAGACUUAAGUCAAGACGAAGCAAAUGAAAGGAAAGAUUGUGAAAAUAUAGCAAAUCUUCAAAGUCCAUUAAGUGAUGAAGGCGAAUCGUCAAAUCAAGGAACUAGUAGUAGUAGACCUGAAAAGAAACAUCAUGAGGAUUCACAUGAAACAAAUUGUGAUGAUGAAUCGAUUGCAUCGGAAAUAAGUGAAAUUACAAGGUCGUGGAAUAAAUCCGAAGUUAAAGCGACAAUUAGCGGUCUUAAUGGUGCUGAUGAACCACAGCCAUCAUCAUCAUCAUCAUUAUCGAGUGGAUCGUCAAGCAAUAACAGUCAAGCUAAGGAUAAGGAUAAUCGGCCAGUACGAUCUGAUGAAAAUACUAACAUUAUUCAUCGAGAUGAAUUUAAAAUGGAUAUGGGAGAGAUUCGUGGAUUGCAUUUGUUCAAUGGCCAAGUUCAGCUUGACGAAAAAAUCAAAACUCCUCCUAAGCUGAAACAGAUAUUGAAAAAAAAGCGCCAACGUCGAAAUCCUGUUUGGCCAUAUUUUGAAGUACGCGACAAUAACGCGUAUUGUAAGCAGUGUAGUUAUAACACAAGGUCGGUCUUCAGUACGAAUCUCAAGGUGCAUCUCAGGACUCAUCAUCCUCUUUUAUACGAAGAGGUAAAAAAAGCUGAAGACGAACAAUUAAGAGCGAAUCAAUCAGCGAAUGAUCCGACUACAUCAACGUUCAUUGCAGCUCAUCAAUAUUUACAACAGGUGACAAACGCCUUAUCUGCCAAUAAUCUUUGCAUUAAUCAAAAGGUGAUUGGUGAUCGAUGCAGUGCGACUCGUUUGGAUUUAACAAAGACCUGUCUAAAGGGAAAUCAGAAUAGUGCAAAAUUGCCUAAUCUUUCUUCUGUUUGUCCUAAGAAAUCAAACGAUUUAAUAGAACAAAGCUCAACUUCAGGAACCGAAGACGCCACGAAGCCAACUUUCGACGAAGUCUGUUCGCAAUUACUGAAUUGUAUGAAAAACGAUGAAAGUCUUAUACCUCGAGGACAACUGAAACCUCGUCGACUUCGUCGACAUCCAGUAUGGAAUUUUUUCGAGGAUAUCGAUAAUAGCAAGAUAAUCAAAUGUAUGAAAUGCGAUUUUCAAACAGGUUCAGCAUAUAGUACAAACUUAAAAAUGCACCUAAAGGCACAUCAUAAAAAAGAUUUUGAAUUAGUUACACGUUUAGAAGAUGAACAAAGAAAAGCGGAUGAUUUACAAAGGAUACAAUUGGGAAAAAGGAAAAUUAGUGGAGCAUCUGAUACUGCUGAAAGUUCCACAAAUCAGUCGACUAAUCAGCUAUUUCGAAGAGAUAUAGAUUUAAGCGUAGUAAAAAAGUCAAACAUUUCAAAUGAAAUGAAAAUUUACGAUGAUCCAGUAAUCGAAGAAGAUCGACCUAUGACACAUUUCGAACAGCUAACUGCAUAUGUGGAAAGUGAAACAGAAAAGAUUAAAUUAAAAGAUAAAGAAGAAGAAUUACGAGAAGAAACGACUGAUCUUUCUGUAUUGAAUUCGAAUGCUAUCUUGAAAGCGAUGGUUAAUGAAUGCAGCGUUAAACCUUUAUCAUCAUUAGACUGCUUACAUUCAUCAGUGUCAUUACUCAAAAAUAUUUUACCUUCUAGUGGAUCAUCUGUAAGCGAAUCACGAAGUCCAUCCUCUACCUCUGCUUUGAAUCCUGCCGAUCAACAAAAUUCUCCUUUGACAUCGUCUUUUUUAGCUCCAUCUCAGAAAUGUUUAAGGACAGUGAAUAAAAAAUUACCAACGGGUGAAGUAGUAAAGAUACGAUCACGAAGAACAGACGUGAAUGAAUGUAGUGAUGGCACCAACCUGUCAAAGAAGACUGGAAAUUUUGUGUUCAAACAGGCAGUGGUUCCAGCACUUCGAUCAGCCUUGAGUACUGUCGAUGCUGCAGUAUUACAACGAAGCAACAUUGCUGCAACAAAACAACGUGCUGGUGACGCAGCUUUUAUAAAAUUAAUUAAAGCUCAAGCCAGUUGCUUUCAAUUAUUGGAUAUAUCAGAAUUUAAGGCAUUUCUCAAGGCGAUCGCUCCUGAUUAUAAUCUACCAAGCAAGGAGGAAAUUAUUCUUCAAAUUCAACUUAAUCGUUCUUAA